CCAAAUUGAUGCUGACGAGCAUUUAUUUAUUUUUAUUUUAAUAUAUUUGCAUUUGAUGGACUCUGGGCAGAGAUUUGUUUAGAAUAGUAAGAUGAUACUUUGCUCACUGCACUGCAAAAACACACAAUCUUUUCUAGUUUCUAUUGCAAAUAUCUUAGUACAGUUGAAAUACAACAAAACUAACUGACAAGUAACUUUUCAGUAAUACCUUUUAGUAAAUUAUUUCAUUGUAUAGAUUUUUAUAAAGUACUAGAUCCACUGACAAAUAAUUUCACUAAACAAGACAUGUAAACAUUUGCCAGUUGCUGGGUUGCUAGGUAACGGGGCUGGGCUUGGCUGUGGUUGCUAGGUAAUGGGGCUGGGCUUGGCUGUGGUUGCUAGGUAACGGUGCAGUGGAUCUAAAACCUUUUCAUGAAUUUUAAGAUAUUAUCGACUUAAAUUAAGCUGCUAUAUCUUUCUGAAAAGUUGCCUCUAAGUUAGUUUUCUCUCAUUUCAAGUGUACUAAGAUAUUUGAACCAGAAACUAGAUGGUGAUAUUUUGUGUUUUUGCAGAGUGUGUCUCAAACGCUGAGCUAAAACAUGUGUGUGUGUGUGUGUGUGUGUGUGUGUGUGUGUGUGUGUGUGUGUGUGUGUGUGCGUGUGUGUGUGUGUGUGUGUGUGUGUGUGAUUGUCACAUAGAGGAUGCUGUCCCCUGCUGGCCGGCAGGCUGCAGAUGAUGCUGCCGUCCCGUUCGCUUCAGGUUCACACAGGAAGUGCAGAACUGCUUUCUCAAGAGUUUUUGUUGCAGAAUAGCUGAGAGGCGACCAGAGCGGCAGUGCAGAGGUGGAAUCAAGAACAUGAUGGGGUUACAAGUCUUUAUCCGACUCCUGCCGCUCACAUGUCUGCUCCAAACGGGUGUGAGGAGUGUGAAGGAUUCGGUGUUUGUUUACAGCAGAAUCGGAGACGUCGCCCUGCUGCCCUGCACCAAAUUCACCUCCGCCGGCUGCUCCUCCAUCACCUGGACCUUCUUCAGAGGCGGCCGGGUCCGUUACACCGAGGAGGUGACCGGAGGGCGGGUCAACCUCGACUCGGACAAAUCCAACAGAACCGCCGUUGCGUCCAACUGCUCCCUCGUCCUCAGCGACCUCACCAUGGAAGACGCGGGUUCGUACGUGUGUCUGGAGAACAAGGAGGCGGUCACCGACGUCUACCUGUCGCUGCUGAGCGUCAGCUUGGGCUCGCCGAUCACAGAUCUCCGGCCUGGAGGGAACCUCUUCCUCACCUGCAUCCUCUUCACCUACUACGACGCGGGCAGCUGCAAGCCGUACUCCAACGUGUUCAGGGUCAACUGGCUGGAUGAGGACGGAAAGCAGCUGCACAAAGACGACAGAAGGUACAAGCUGACUGAAAACACUCGGUGCAAUGUCACUCUACGCAUAAAGCUGCAAGCGGAGGACAACGACAGGAAGUGGAGCUGUCAGGUGGACACCACAAAGAACAAUAAAGUUACAUUUCUGAACUUCAGAUCCUCCUUUCUGUUUCAAAAUGCCCACACGGACCAGACUGUGAAGCUGCCAGUCACAGAGGAGUGUCGUGCAGAGCUGCCCAUCAGCCGGAUCGUUCUGUGUGCGGUUCUGCCGCUCAUGGUGUGCAUCGUGGGAUUCUUCACAUGGAAAUCAGAGCACAAGAGAGCAAAGACCUCAGCUGCUGUCAUCGAGCUGCAGGAUGUUUACUGACAGACUGUACUGAACCAUUUGCUGCAAAGAAACUGUAAAAUGCAGAAUGGGUCUUUGACAGUCCACCUAAAGUGAAGAAAAUAGACAACUGUCCCUUGACACACUGUAAGAACAC